CCACCUCCAAACUAGCAAACUCCCCUUCUUCAGGAAUCAGGGCUCAUUUGAGGGACCGUCUCCGCCGCUAAGGAUCUGAAACCUUUACUGCGGUUCAGGAUCUUUUUUGGAUGAACCAAAGUUGAGACUACUAUACCGCGUCGAAAUCUCCACAACAAUUUACACGGGUUAACCAGUUAUAGAUUUCUAGUUUCUUCUGUCGUGCUCUGUUUGCCCAACGAAUCAGUACUUCAACGAGCUUACUAAUUCGUUUCCAAGCUAUCAAUCGUAUUUGACCGUCUUUUGUUUCUUUUUUAAUGAUCCUAACGUGCCAUGGGCAUCUCUUGAUGCAAGGCUGUACUGGUCUAUUCUCGUGGGUAUGGCUUUGCAAGCAAGUGAAAUAUAGAUAGAGAAAGAAAAAAGCUGAAAAGCAACAACAAUGGUUGUCUCCAGCGGUGUUUCUCAUAGUAAGGAAAUCAGUAUCAGGAGGAGGAUUGCUAGCAUAUUCAACAAGAGAGAAGAUGAUUUCCCAUCCCUGAGAGAGUACAAUGAUUAUCUGGAAGAAGUGGAGGACAUGACUUUUAACUUGAUUGAAGGCAUAGAUGUUCAAGCUAUUGAAGCAAAAAUUGCUAGAUAUCAAGAAGAAAAUGCCGAACAAAUAAUGGUCAACCGAGCUCGCAAGGCUGAAGAAUAUGCUGCAGCCCUUGCAGCAAGCAAGGGAAUUCCCGCACAGACAGACAAUGAUGUGGCUGCAGAUCAAAGCUUCCAAGCAGGAUUAAGCACAGGCACACAAGGUCAGUAUGCACCUACAUUUGCUGGAGGGCAGCCACGACCUACAGGCCAACCUGUGCCCCUUGGUGGCGGUCUUGACAUGCAGGGCUAUGGGCUUGACGAUGAGGAAAUGUUGAGGCUUAGAGCGGAGAGAGGUGGAAGGGCCGGUGGGUGGAGUGUAGAGUUCAGCAGAAAGCGUGCACUUGAAGAAGCGUUUGGAAGUAUUUGGAUCUGCUAACUUACAUUUUUACAAAGGCAAUCGGAUUUUGGCACUUGAGUCCGAAUGGUAAACGAUUAAUUGUGCACGUUUAAUUCUUAUUUAGUAUUAACUGGAUUAUAAUAUUAAUUGUCUGUAGAUAUACCAGUGGGUAGAGACGAGCUUUGGUGAAUGCGACUGGUAAAUUACUGGUCUGGUCUGAUAUUUAGUCCUUAAACUUUAAAAAGUAUUUAAGAAUAAAGGUUUAUAGUUUGUGGUCAA